CUACAAAUUCACAAACUCAGUCAACCUCUUUUUCUUCUCCAAUACCUCACACUCCAGCAAACCAAUCUCAAAACCAUAACUUUCCAAAUCUUUAACACAAUUCCUUCAAAACCCACAUCACAAAACCUUUCAAUUUCAAUACCCAGUAAUAAAGUUGAGAACUUUUGUCAAAUGGGCCUAGAUUCUUUGGAGCUAAAACCUUCACCAUUAGCAACCCAAGAAGAACCACCACCACCACUCAACCACCACUCAGAUCAAUCCACGUCACUCCUACCACCAUCCACCACCACCACCACCGGAACAACAAAACCCAUCACCAUCCUCCUCUUCUCCCUCUUCCUCACCACCUGCAUUUCCAUUUCUGCCGCCGUCACAUUCGCCUUCCUUUUCUUCUCCGCCGUAAAACCCACCAUCACCACCGCCGCCGCCGUCCAAACAUCUCGGAAACUCACUCACCCAGUUGUCAUCCUCAUUUCCUCUGAUGGGUUUCGUUUUGGUUACCAAUUUAAAACCCCAACUCCAAAUAUACACAUUUUGAUCAACAAUGGAACCGAAGCCCAAACCGGGCUUAUUCCGGUUUAUCCCACUUUAACUUUCCCAAACCAUUACUCAAUUGCAACUGGGCUAUACCCUGCUUAUCAUGGAAUUGUUAAUAACCGGUUUCUUGACCCGGAAACAGGGGACAUUUUCACAAUGUCUAGUCAUGAGCCCAAAUGGUGGUUAGGUGAACCCAUUUGGGAAACCAUUUCAAAUCAUGGGUUGAAAGCUGCUACUUAUUUCUGGCCCGGGUCAGAAGUUAAAAAGGGUUCUUGGGAUUGCCCGGAUAAGUAUUGUGCUGCGUAUAAUGAAUCCGUGCCUUUUGAGGACCGGGUUGAUACGAUUUUGGGUUAUUUUGAUUUGCCUAAUGAUGAGAUUCCGGUUUUUAUGACAUUGUAUUUUGAAGACCCUGAUCAUCAGGGUCAUCAAGUUGGUCCUGAUGAUAUUCAAGUUACUGAAGCUGUUGGUAAUAUUGAUGGGUUGAUUGGCAGGUUGAUUAAUGGGCUAGAAAGUCGCGGUGUUUUUCAAGAUGUUACGAUUAUUAUGGUUGGUGAUCAUGGUAUGGUUGGCACUUGUGAUCAAAAGUUGAUUUUUUUAGAUGAUUUAGCUUCUUUUGUCAAAAUUCCUGCUGAAUGGGUUCAGUAUUAUACUCCUGUGUUAUCCAUCCUUCCACCUCCAGAUCAAUCUGCUUCUGAUGUUGUAAAAAAAAUGAACCAAGGCUUGAGUUCUGGGAAGGUCAAGAACGGCGAUAAGUUGAAAAUGUAUCUGAAAGAAGACCUUCCGGAAAGGUUGCAUUAUUCGGAAAGUGAUAGGAUACCUCCCAUUUUAGGGUUAGUGGAAGAAGGGUUUAAGGUUGAACAAAUGGACUCGAAGAGCAAGGAAUGUGGGGGUGCACACGGAUACGACAAUGUUUUUUUCUCUAUGCGGACAAUAUUUAUUGGUCAUGGCCCUCGAUUUCCUAGAGGUAUAAAAGUGCCAUCUUUUGAGAAUAUCGAAAUAUACAACUUGAUUACUUCGAUUCUUAACAUAAAAGGAGCUCCCAACAAUGGGUCAUCAUCGUUUGCUAAGAGUGUGCUUUUGCCUCAUCAUCAUCAUUGAUUGCCAAUUUUCAUGUUUUUAUUCCAUGAAAUGUAUGCAUAUUUGAGGCAAUAAUGUUGUUUUGGUUGUAACAGAUUUAGAAUAAUAAUGUCGUCUUAAGAUGA